AUGGUUGCCGAGUACAUCACUCUCCGCAAUAACACCUCCACGCCAAUUGCGCUGAAGCGCAUUGAGCGCUUCCGGGCGCCUGGGAAGGAUGGCUUCCUUGUAUUCAGCACAAUGGCCAGGAACCUCACCCAGGUCCUGACCAACCAGACUCGCAGCGAAUCUGUCGUCUCCAUUGCACAUGACAGCCAUCCAUUCGAGGAAAAGAAUGUCGACAUACGCCUGGAGCCAUUCACGACGAAGAAGACCAAUCUGCGCGCCUUCAUUGCCUCCGAUAAGGAGCGCACACGUCUGAUCUUCGAGGCCGAGGAUCAAAAGUACCAGAUCCAGGUCCCUGUACCAACAGCAGAAUCAGCAACAAUGAAAGCACUAAGCGAUAAACCCAAGCACCGCUUCACAGGAAUCUUCGUAACUCCGGAAUCCUUGCUGGCAAUCUUCUCCUCCGCCAAUCUAAACGCCUGGAUGAACGAGCUACGCGAUGAAACACUCCUCUCCGCUCUUUCCAUCCCAGGCACGCACAACUCACCAACAUGCUACAUCGCACCACCCUCCGUGCGCUGCCAAGCCGUAAGCCCGAAAGAACAGCUCGAGAACGGCGUGCGAUUCUUCGACAUCCGUGUGCAACCACAAUACCCAGACGACGCAGCGCGCGAUGAGCUGAUCCUCGUACACAGCGUAUUCCCCGUCGCGCUGACAGGCAACAAAUACUUCCGAGACCUGAUGCGGGAAGUCACCGAUUUCCUCGACCGCAACCCGUCCGAGACGCUGAUUGUCUCCGUCAAGCGCGAGGGCGCCGGCAAGGCCACAGACGAGCAGCUAGCCCGCAUUCUGUGUGAGCACUACGCCAGGGGUAAACGGUGGUGGGUGCGGCCCAAGAUCCCGACUCUGGGCGAGGCCCGCGGCAAGGUCAUUCUGAUGCGCCGGUUUAAUCUGACGCAGAAGUUGAAGAAUGAGCAUGGCGGUACUGGCUGGGGCAUUGAUGCUGCUGCGUGGGCGGAUAAUGCGCCUCAUGCGAAGUGUCCCAGUGGCCAACUCUGUAUCCAGGAUUUCUAUGAGGUCGUGGAGAGCGUGAACAUUGAGAAGAAAAUCAAGUAUGUCGCGGAGCAGAUUGAUCGGGCGAGCCGCUGUCGAUAUCCGUUUGGGAUUCAGCCAAAUGUGCAUGAGACUAAGAAAUACCCCUUUUACAUCAAUUUCUUGAGUGCCAGUAACUUCUGGAAAACGGAUACUUGGCCUGAGAAGAUUGCUGCGAAGGUUAAUCCAGCUGUUGUUGCUUAUAUCUGUCGUCGAGGCAAGGAGCAUGACGGGGAUUGUUCCACGGGCAUCAUUGUUACUGAUUGGGUUGGUUUGCAUGGGGAUUGGGAUCUGGUGCGCUGCAUUGUUGGGAUGAAUGCUAAGCUGCGCCUGAGAGAGAAAUAG